AUGCCGUUAAACCAGAUCGUCAACGCUGUUUGUGAAAAGCAGGGGGUAUACGGACGUAGAGACUUAUGGGCUAAAGCUAAACAAAAAAACUUUCGAUCUUGGACUUUCUAUGAGAUUUGCCAAUCUUGCGCCAGGGUGCAAAACUGGAGCUUAUCAAAGUUUCUGCACCGAAAGAAGGAUGUUCAAUUAGAUGAUGGUGGAAGAAUGAUUGAGAAAUUUUCAAUUACGACAUCUAUUUGGGAUAUAAUACUUCAUUUUGAGAAAACGUCUGUUUAUGGUAAAUCGAGAUUUUAUCAGCAACCCUAUUGGACCAUAUCGUUACUGAAAUCCACAACUCUGCAAUCUGCCGGAAUCACAUCAGGAAAUACUGUAUUACGGCUUCUAUUUAGACAAAAUGAAUUGACUUUGGAUGAGGUUGUAAAGGAUAUUGAAGCAUCUCUUCCGAAAGAACUGACCGAUACUGCGUUCACGUUUGAUAAACAACAGAAGGAGCCAAUUAAUACUAUGAAUUACUAUGAUGAACAACAAAAGAAACCAAUUGAUACUAUGAAUAAUCCUGAUGAACAACCGAAAGAGUCAAUUGAUACUACUAUGAAUGAUCCUGAUGAACAACCGAAGAAGUUAAUUGAUACUAUGAUGAACAACCGAAGGAGCCAAUUGAUAUUACUAUGGAUGAUCCUAAUGAACAACCGAAAGAACAAUUUGACUGCGGCUGAGCUGCAAUAUUUACAAAUGGAAGAGAAUGCGGGGUUCAAGACUAAUGUCAUGCGUGCUCAAGAAGAAAAAGAAAGGGAACGCAAGUACCCAAAGGUUAUUAUUGUACUAUUUAAUUAA